AUGCCUUCCCAGACAGUCGAUUCCGUCACAACGAGGAUGACGUACCGCGCGCGUCCAUCUUACUCUACACGCGGCACAAAACUCUACAACGGCAAUCGGAAGAAUGUUGACACGCUCGGGGAGAGGAAAUGGAAGAUCUGCUGCCGUUCCGCCGAGUGUUUCGCCACCGCCGUGAACCGUGAGAACCUGGGGACUGAGGUCAGCCUCAUAAGAAACGUGGCCGCUCCCAGUAUUCUUGCCAUCCAGGGGGGGUUUGGUUCAGCAGUCUUGUUCUGGACCGCAGGAAGGAGCAGGCAGGCUCCAGCCUAUCCUCCCCGGCUGCAGCGCGUGAACGAACAUGGCGUUUCCUCACAACUGCUUCAUGAUCCUACAAAACACACAAUUCCGCCGACUGUUUGUAUUUGCGCCUCGAAUCCCGUUACCCAUACCGACCCGAGCCCUCCACCGGCAUGGGGCAAUAGCGUUGCGGUAAAGAUUUUAAUGGUGGUAUUCAGCUCUCUGGCUUUGUACAAUGCUGUGGAGCUGGUUAUCCUCAUCCUUUUCACCUUCAAUCGCUAUCAUGGACUAUACUUCUGGACCAUGCUAUUGUCGUCCGUCCUGGGGGUUAUCCCGCACGCGAUCGGAUACAUCAUGGAAUUCUUCGCCUUGGGCCCCAUCUGGCUGGCGGUCUCUAUCUCAACCGUGGGGUUCUACUUUAUGGUCCCUGGUCAAUCCGUCGUCCUCUACUCCCGACUACACUUGGUGGUGCAAAAUCGCAAACUCCUCCGCGCUGUGUUAUACAUCAUCAUUAUCGAUACUGUUAUCCUCCUCGUGCCUACCACCAUCCUUACCUAUUCUACCGUCUAUAUUCGAACCACCACAAUUAUUAUCGGCUACAAUGUCAUGGAGCGUUUGCAGGUGGUCUGGUUCUGCGCCCAGGAAAUCAUGAUCUCGUCAAUCUAUAUCUGGGAAACAGCUAAGCUUCUGAGGCUCAUGCCGGAGAAGGAUACGCACCGCACUAGGGUCCUCUACGAACUCCUGACGAUCAAUAUGGUCAUCAUUAUAUUGGACGUUGCGCUGCUCGUAUUAGAAUUUCUCGGCCUCUGGUACCUCCAAACGACAUUAAAAGCUCUUGUCUACAGCAUUAAACUGAAACUCGAGUGCGCAGUUUUGAGAAAGCUCGUUUCCGUAGUCAACAACCACCCGCGAGAUACCAGCUCCUCUGAGCAGGAGCAGUUCCCCAACUUCGUGAAUCCUGAACAGAUCGUCGGCGAUGUGACCCACGCACCUGCCAUGACUCGCCAAACUCUAGCCCGAUACCCAUGGAGCGGCGCACUAUCCAUGGAUAGCCUCACUCUAUCGGAACAACGGUCACGUUCCCAAAGCUCAGCUUCCUCCCAACCACCUUGA